AUGGCAGCAGGUGGCGCAAAGCUUCAGACCCCCAGCUCCGAGGCUGGAGGAAGCAUCCGAGAUGACCCCAAAGCUUCUUCGGCGGCGGUAGCGGCCGCACCCAGCUGGAACAAUAAGAAGUUCAGAGAAGAGUACGAGUCUUUCAAGGCGAAACUUCUCGACCAGAGAUUCGACCCCAAGCAUUUCCCGGACCCGUUACUUCCAAGAAGCGGCUCCGAUCCCCGAAAUAACCCAAAGACGACGCCGGAGGCUGAGCGACGCAUCGACAAGAUUAUCGCCGAGUACAAGGCAAGAAAUUAA